AAUCUUAAUCGAUCUCUCUUUGCAUGUGAUCUCUUAUUUCUCUCUCUCUUAUCUUUUUGCAUUGCAUGCAUGUGAAGAAAGAUAAAAACAGAGUAAUUAUUAUAUAUGGUUAAAUAUGUAAAUGUGAGUACGUACGUGUCAAUGUCAUGAUCCCAAAGUAAAAAUAUAUAAAAACUACAUAUUUGGCUUCAAUAUAUAAUUAUAUAUAUAUUAUUACAGCAAGAACUAUAUAUAUAUACUUCAACCUUAUAUCCGAGUAUACGAGUAUAAUAAAGUAAUUAAGAUGAAGAAGCUCUUCUUGGUUUUUAUUUUAGCCACCAUUCUUUUGACUCAGGCUUUAGCAGAGGCUUCGUCGAUCAAUAUUAGUGCUGGAAAUUCUAUUAGUCGUACUGUUGAUGAAGGAAGCAGUGUGGUAGCUUAUCACAGAAAACAUCUUCCAAAAAUCAAUUGCAAUGAUGCAUGUGGGAAUAGAUGCAAGAAGGCUUCAAAGAGGAAGAGAUGCAAGAGAGCUUGCAAAACUUGUUGCGUGAGAUGCCACUGCGUUCCUCCGGGCACUUAUGGCCAUAAGAACCUCUGUCCAUGUUAUGCUCGCCUCCGAACCCAUGGAAACAAGCUCAAGUGCCCUUAAUUAAUUAUAUCUAAUAAUUAUUAAAAUUAUUCUUAUUUAAUUUCUCUCACUACCUACCUUCUAUAAGCCAGAUCUUGAUGAUCAUAUUUAUAUAAAUAAUAAAUUAUUAAAGCACAACUAUAUAUAUAUAUAUAUUGUUGUGUUUAAUUUAUCAGCUAUAUCGAUCUCUCUACAAUAACUUACAUUUGGUUAGAAUUUGGGAUAAGUUGAAUGGUUCCAUCUCAAAAUCAAUUGAUAAUGAGAGGAGUCGCUCACAUUAAUGAUAACGAUGUGUAAUAUACGUUUAUGUUAUGAAGUUAUUAAUAUAUUUAUGUGAGUGGGA